CGCCGUUAUGGCGAAUCCUCCGUGGGCCGAGAUUCGUGAGAAAUUCCAGGCCGCGCUGGCUCUGUCACGGGUGGAAUUGCAUAAAAACCCGGAGAAAGAACCCUAUAAGUCCAAAUAUGGCGCCCGAGCACUGCUGGAAGAGGUCAAGGCGCUGCUGGGCCCCGCGCCUGAGGACGAGGAUGAGCGGCCUCAGGCGGAGGACGGCUUGGGCGCGGGGGACCACACCCUGGGGCUCCCGGCCGAGGUGGUGGAGGCCGAGGGGCCCAUCGCCCAGGGGGCAGUGAGGCUGGCGGUGAUCGAGUUCCACCUCGGGGUGAACCACAUCGACACCGAGGAGCUGUCGGCGGGGGAGGAGCAUCUGGUGAAAUGCCUGAGGCUGCUGCGCAAGUACCGGCUGUCGCAGGACUGCGUCUCCCUCUACAUCCAGGCGCAGAAUAACCUGGGCAUCUUGUGGUCUGAAAGAGAAGAAAUUGAAACUGCACAGGCUUACCUAGAAUCAUCAGAAGCACUGUAUAACCAGUAUAUGAAAGAGAUUGGGAGUCCUCCUCUUGAUCCUACUGAGCAUUUUCUUCCUGAAGAAGAGAAGCUUGCUGAACAGGAGAGAUCAAAAAGAUUUGAGAAGGUUUAUACUCAUAACCUCUAUUACCUGGCUCAAGUCUACCAGCAUAUGGAAAUGUUUGAGAAAGCUGCUCAUUAUUGUCACAGUACCCUAAAACGCCAGCUUGAACACAAUGCCUACCAUCCUAUAGAGUGGGCUAUUAAUGCUGCUACCUUGUCGCAGUUUUACAUCAAUAAGCUAUGUUUUAUGGAGGCCAAGCACUGUUUAUCUGCUGCUAAUGUCAUUUUUGGUCAAACUGGAAAGAUCUCAACAACAGAAGACACUACUGAAGCUGAAGGAGAUGUACCAGAGCUUUACCAUCAAAGAAAAGGAGAGAUAGCACGAUGCUGGAUCAAAUAUUGUUUGACUCUCCUGCAGAAUGCCCAGCUUUCCAUGCAGGACAACAUAGGAGAGCUUGAUCUUGAUAAACAAUCUGAACUUAGAGCUUUAAGGAAAAAAGAAUUAGAUGAGGAAGAAAGGGUGAGGAAGAAAGCUGUACAGUUUGGAACCGGUGAGCUGUGUGACGCCAUCUCCGCGGUGGAAGAGAAAGUGAGCUAUCUGAGACCUUUAGAUUUUGAAGAAGCCAGAGAACUCUUCUUACUGGGUCAACACUAUGUCUUUGAGGCAAAAGAGUUUUUUCAGAUUGAUGGUUAUGUCACUGACCAUAUCGAAGUGGUCCAAGACCACAGUGCUCUGUUUAAGGUGCUCGCCUUCUUUGAAACCGAUAUGGAGAGACGGUGCAAGAUGCAUAAACGGAGAAUAGCCAUGCUAGAGCCCCUCAUUGUGGACCUGAAUCCACAGUAUUACCUGUUGGUCAACAGGCAGAUUCAGUUUGAGAUUGCACAUGCGUACUAUGACAUGAUGGAUUUGAAGGUUGCCAUUGCCGACAAGCUGAGGGACCCCGAUUCACACAUUGUAUUAUGUGCUUUUAACUAA